AUGGCUGCUCCAAAUCCAGAAAAAACUCUCCAGGAUGAAGCCACUUGUUCCAUCUGCCUGGAUUAUUUUCAGGAUCCAGUGAUGGUCAUAGAUUGUGGGCAUAAUUUCUGUCGAAACUGCAUUGCACAGUGUUGCGAAGGGUCUACUUUCAAAGUCCUUCCCUGCCCACAGUGCAGAAAGCCCUUUCCCAUGAAAAACCUUCAUUCCAACAGGCAUCUGUGGAACAUUGUGGAACUUGCCAAACAGUUCAGCAAAAGACGGGCAAAUGAAACUGGGGACCAGAAGUUGUGUGAGAAACAUCUGGAGCCCCUAAAACUCUUCUGUGAAUAUGACCAGAUUCCCAUUUGUGUGGUGUGUGACAGAUCCAUGGCACAUAAGAAACACAAUGUGGUUCCCAUAGAGGAGGCUGCUCAGGUUUACAAGGAUAAACUGCAUCACUGUUUGCAAAAGCUGAAAGAAGAAAAACAAAAAGUUUUGUUACUUAAAUUAGAUGUAGAGAAGCCAAUCCAGGAUUUGCUGAAAGACACAGCUGCCGAGAGACAGAAACUCUUAUCAGAAUUCCAGCAGCUUUACCAGUUUCUUGAGAAACACAAGCAGCAUAUGUUGUCCCAACUGGACGAAGUGGAGAAAGAAGUGGAGGGGAAAAAGGCUGAAGAUACAGCAAAAUUUUCUGAGGCGAUUUCCCAUCUUGGGGCCCUAAUCCAGGAGCUUGAGCAAAAGGGCCAGGAGCACCCAAGUGGGCUCCUCCAGGAUAUUGGAAGUACCAUGAACAGAUGUACGGUGAAUGAAUUCCGGCCUCCUGUUGCACUUGAUUGUUCCAGCCUGAAGAAAAAAGUCUGCAUAUUCUCCAAGGAAAGUGCAUCACUGCAGGAGGAAGUGAAGAAAUUCAGAGAGUUACUGUCUGAACCAAAAUGGGUAGAAGAGUAUGUGGUGAUGGACGAAGGUACUGCUCAUCCCCGAUUUGUUGUGUCUGAUGAUCGGAGAAGUGUGUCAUGGGGACUUUUCCGGCAGGAAGUGCCCUACAGCCCCGAGAGGUUUGACCCGGCCCGCUGUGUGCUUGGUUCUGCUGGAUUCUUGUCAGGGAAACAUCACUGGACAGUGGAUGUGAAGAAUGGAACUUUCUGGGCUGUGGGCGUGGCCCAGGAGUCUGUACAAAGAAAAGGACAGUUCAGUUUUGUACCUGAGGAAGGGAUUUGGGCUGUGGGCCUUCACAAUGGUCAGUACAGAGCUCUGACUUUACCUCCUGACCUUCUGUAUCUAAAUAGCCCCCUUAACAAGAUCCAGGUUUGUCUGGACUACGAAGGAGGGACUGUAGCUUUCUGUGACGCUGAACAGCAACGUCAGUUCUAUUGCUUCCAUUCAGCAGACUUUGACGAACACACACUCUUUCCUUUCUUCCGAGUUGGGGAUGUAAAGACGACCCUUUACCUAUGUUAACUGUGUUAACAGAUCCUGCAAAUCUGUUUUUGUUUAAAGAGGACUGCCAAUCCUUCCAGAAAUUAAAGAACAACAAAGUA